UUUUCAUACAAGCUUCAUUACAGGAAGGUUUCAGUAAUGUCUCAUUUUUGCAAAAUCAUGAUUUUAAACUGUUGGAAUUAUAAUGGUCAACAAUAACAAUGCAUUCUAAUACGAUUAUAAUACCUUAUUCCGGCUAAUUACACUUUAUAAACAAGAUUUUUUACAAGAUUAACGAAUUUAAAUUCCCCUAGGACCAUAACCUACUGAAGUAGGCGGACAAAGAUUAACCAUUUAAUCUUUGUUGUGAUUUUGCAAAAAAAGACUCCGGCACUGUGGUUAAAAUAUGUUUCGCUUUCUCACAGAUACUUUGCCAAAGAAGUGCUAAAUAUGGUACCUAUGUGCUUCAGCGAAUAAUUUAAUCCCAUGGUGGAAUGUAGGAAAGCUUUUAAACACAUCGAUUUAUAAUACUAAAUGUAUCAUAUUAUAUUGAAUGAUAACAUCAGUAAAUACAGUAAAGUAAACAGUUGUCGAACAUUUCUUUGGGAUGAUACAAUACUGUGUACAUACAGAAAUUUUAUAUUUACUGAUUUUUAAAAAAUAUAAUUCCUUGGUCGAUAAAGUGUUGGAAUAUGUAAGUUAAACACUCUAUCAUCUGUUUUAAAUGUAUUUUUUUUGUAUUCCGAAGUGUACUUUAUUCAAUGUUGACAGUCAGUCGUGGUUCGGAUACAUUGAGUAUUCUAGAACAUUGAAAGAGAAGAGAAACUGAACAAGGUAAAACAUGGAUGGUGGUCGAAAGCCAAAACGGAGGAUUAUUGAUAGCACGUCUGUGCCAAGUUCAAGAAGAACUAACUACAGGCACUCAGAUAUUGCUGACAACAUUAAGCAAAACAGAGAAUACUGUACACCACUAGAUGAUAUACCAAUGUCUCCACUUAAAAGAGCAGUAAUGGUUGACAGUGCCAAUGUAGAUACUGAGGAUAAAAGACUGGCCGAUGCGAUACAAAGAUCAAAUGGACACACAGGGACUGUUUACAGCACAAAGCAAGAUACACAGACGUUAGAAGAUACUAAACCACCAGAUGCAAUACAAAAUGUGAACCAUAAAUAUUCAGAAAAAGCUAAGCACAGAAAGCAAAAUAUACAAAACACAAUAGGAAUUAAAUCAGCAGAUGAAAUACAGAGAUCAAAAUCAAAACCGACUAAAACGGUCGACAACAUAAAGCAAAACACAGAAAUUAAUAGACCAGCAGAUGCGAAACAGAUAUCAGACUCUGACCAUACAGUAGCUGUUGAAAACACAGAGGAAAGUACACAAAACGGAAAUUUUAUCAGUCCACCAGGUUUAACACAGAAAUUAGAACCGCAACAAUCAGGAGGUGAUGACAAUACAAAACAUAACAGAGCAGAUAUACAUCUACCAGAAAAAAUAGGAAGCUCAGCUAUCAAACGAUCGGUAAUAACCGAGACCAUCGAACAAUGUACAGUAAAUACUGGAUCGUCAGAUACAAUACUGAGAAAUACUCAUAGCGAAACAGAAACUGUUAUGAAUACAUCUGAAUACUUAGAUGAUACAGAUAACAUUGUGAGUGUAUCAGGGUCAGUGCUUGAACAGCGAAAAACCUCAAGUAGACAUAAAGAUGUGAUCGGGCCGGCAAAUUCUAAGUUUGGCGCUAAAGACGUGAGCGAUGUGGUCUGUCGCUCGUCGAAAAAUUCUGAAUCUAACAUAUUUAAUGAAAAUUCGUUGGAAAGUGCUGAUGUGACAGACUACGAAAACGACAUUUUUCGUUAUGACAGGGUAAAAAUAAAUCCACUGUUAAGCAUACCAGAAUACCAUGAAGAAGAUGACGUCGACAGCCUCGUCUUUUCCGAUAUGUUUGAAACGAAAAACAUUAUAAACCGUAUUGAAGAGGUUUCGGAAAACAUUUCUCCUGAAACGCUUAACAACACUGAACAAUGCAACAACGUUAAAAUAAAGUUUCAUGAAUUCUUUGGGGACGAGGACGUGCUAAGUUCUAUUGUGACUGAUGCGACGGUUAACUCGGGUAUAUUUGAUGCGAAUAUUAAGUGCCAGCAUGGACUUAGUUUAUUCGACGAUCCAAAAACUAUUCAGGCAAAUAGCAAAUAUUUCAAGUUUUCUGUCUGUGAAACAAAUGAAAAACAUGAAUAUGAAAAAGAAAAAUGUAUGAACCUUGGCUGUCCAGAAACAAAAGACCCGUAUUCUAUAGAGCUCGAACUGACAACGCCGUUAUGCUACAAUGAUUAUAGAAAACCGACGGUAUCAAUGGCGGAUUUGUAUGACGUUAUAGUUCACGGACAUUCUCCCGUCAGAGACGACGAGGCCAUUGAUGAGGACGUGUACUCGGGCCUAAUGGAGACAUCAAAUGGAACCCCUCGCCUGCUGUCUGUGGAGGAGAAGUGGCAAAUAAUCUUUAAUGAGAAAACACGUGCACCAAUCUAUGCAGUUACACAGUAUACGGAAUACCUAAACCAGUUUGUAAACGGGCGUAAUUCUGCAUCACGGGAUAGCAAUGACGUCAUCAGGAAAGAUGGUAUAAAUCCCAUCUCAUAUUUGUUACGGAAACUGAAGCUGGAUCUCAAAAUGUCCUACGAAAGUUUUGUGGAGGAGUUUAUAAAACCGACAAGUAACGGUAUAGGCCUCCUUGUCAAACUACUAAAGUCCAUACAGGAUACCGGCAGCCAGCAGUCCGGCUCAACCAACAUGGCACAACUUAAAAACUACAAGAAAACUCUGACCGACGAGCACGAUUGUCUUUUGUGUAUCAAAUAUUCUCUCCGACUCAAGAAAUCUCUGAAAGCACUGUUUGAUAUCAACUAUGGCCUGGAGACAGUCUCUAUGGCUGUGAUUAGUACAUACACCAAGUCACGGGGAACUGCAAUAGAAAUCCUCACAGUAUGUUUGUCUGCCGAAGAGGGGUUUUCGCGAAUUUUAGACUGCUUUACUUACAUACAGCUCAAAAUCGGUGAACCAGUCAGGUUCAAGUCUCUUGUGAACAUGAUAAAUAUGGACAGCCUGCACAAUACAGUAUUCAAGGUAUCGACGAUGAAGUUUCUCAACACUUUACUAGAUGCAUCAACCAGUACAAACAUACGGGUAUUUCUACAACAUGAGCUGGAAACAGCUGGACUGGACAUAGAUGAUAUGCUGCAGAAAGCAUCUGGGACAGGUUUGGAAUACGACGAUCUCCGUCGUGAGCUAAUGGAAUGGAAGAGAAAGUACAUCAAUGUGGACGCCAUACUGUCAGAGCGGGGAACCAUAGCCCACAGAGCACAGGAACCAUCUAAUCAAGAAAUAAUAGAGAAAUUACAGACACAAGUACAGAAGUUGUCAGCUGACAAGUCAUAUCUGGAGUACCAAUUAAAUGCUGUGAGCAUAGAGUUGCGGAACCGGUAUGAGGAACUGCAGAAGCGCACUCCGCUGCAGCAGCAUGCUUCUACACAGUGUGACGUGGACACGACUCAAAGGAAAAGCGUUGGGUGCCAGAGUUAUUUGGAUCCGGAUACUGAUGUCAUUCACGAUCAAUUCAAAUAUGCUGCUGAUUAUUUUGAAUGGAAGGAUGUGUAUAUAAACGACGAGCAAGAUCUGGACCAAGAGGAGAUGACAACGUCAGACGAUGAAGGAGUCGUUAAAGUUCAGCACUGGUUACGUUCCCAUUGUGGAUCAUCGGACAGUGAAAACAAAAUUCUGUCGCGCACUUCAGACAAUUCAGGCAGUGAAUGUCCUACAUUUUAUUUUAAAAGGAAUAGUUUAACAAGGCGAACAGUUCGAAAAACUGAAUUCCCAGGGAAUUGGAAAUUAAUUCCGAAAUCUAUAGAACAUUUUCCAUCACGUUUCCCGCCACAGCAAUGUCACCAAACAAACUGUGAUCGCUGUGAUCUUCGGAAUAGACCAGAAAACUCUGAUCGAAAGGCAUCUACACAGGUACAAAACUUUGCUUUGGAAGUCAGAUUAAAUGACCUGGUGAAAAAUAAGAAACGGUCAGAGGUUCGCUCACAAAGUUCAGAUAGUGCCAUUGGGGGUUCAGGGGAGGAGAGAAUGUGGGCUGAGAAACGAAUACCACUUGUGCCUGUUGUGAGUACGGAGGCAGAAAUCCUCCAAGAUCUUAUUCAGCCAGACGAUUCUGCAAGCGCUUGUCCUAUCUCUGAACCAUAUCCAGAUUAUUCAACUAUAAAUUCUAAGUUUGAUACACAAAAAAGUUUUAGAACGGAACUUUCGCAAGUGCUUAGAGAGUUUGAAGGGAAUUUACUGCAGUAUGAUUCGCCUACAAAGUCUAAAACUGAAGCAGUGGAAAAUUUUAUUACUCUUGGUGACAUUUAACGACAGAAAUUUCGAGCUGGUAUAAAUAAUUUCCAUGAUUUAUGUGGGCUAUCAUUUUCGUCUUUAGCAGUAAUAGAUUGUUGUGUGCAAUUCUUUUGUGUUAACAUAUGUGGAUGCUGAAAAAUAUGUGAAUAAAUCCAUGUCUUACAUAUCUGACAUCAUCAUUAUAUGUAGGUCAGAUGUGGCGCUAUAUACAUAACGCUUCUGUUUGGUCUGACGAUCACGUGUAAGACACUAAUUUUAGAGCAUAAAAUGCAAGAUGCUGCCAAUAACAAUGUAAUUAUUAUUUAUUGGCAAUGUUUAUGACGAUGAUAAUAAUAAUGAUGAUAAUAAUAAUAAUAAAAUUAUAUAAUAACAAUAACUGUGAUAACACCGAUAACAAUCAAAGCACUGAAAGGACUGAUGUGGGCAGCGGUUGACAGCUUCUGGUAAUGGGCUUUAACAGUUAGCUUAAAAUUGGUGAUUCUAGUUAAAUAACUUUUGAUUAAUAAGCAUUUUCAACCUUUUUUACCAAAUCAAGGGGGAAAACACUCUGCUUUUAUUGGAACAAGGGGAUAACCGUAAAUGUGAGCGAAGGUCAUGCACUAAUUGAUAAUUAUGUGAUAUUUGGAGAUUCUAAUUAUAACAAGAGCUCGUAGAACACGAA